AUGACAUCCAGAUUUGGGAAAACAUACAGUAGGAAAGGCGGAAAUGGCAGUUCAAAAUUUGAUGAAGUCUUUUCUAACAAACGGACUACCCUUAGCACAAAAUGGGGAGAGACCACAUUUAUGGCUAAAUUAGGGCAGAAGAGACCCAACUUCAAAUCAGAUAUCCAAGAAAUUCCGAAGAAACCUAAGGUGGAAGAAGAAAAUACUGGCGAUCCUUUUGGAUUUGAUAGCGAUGAUGAAUCUCUACCAGUUUCUUCAAAAAAUUUAGCCCAGGGUAAGGGUUCCUCUCAUUCAGAAACCAGUGAAGCCGCUCAGCUGGAAGACUUCACUUCUGUACUUGAAGCUAAUAGCAACAUUAGCCAUGUGGUGGAUGAAGACAGUGUUGUAUCUGAUAAAUGCUUACAUUUGGAGGAUACUUUGCUUGAGAAAGAGAAGAGCACAAACCGAAUCUUAGAAGACGAUGCAAGCAAAAGUAGUUGUGCUAAAUUAAUGACUUUAGAUAAAGUGGAGAAUUUUAGUGACGAAUAUGAAAAGGAUAGUCACCAUAUUUACAAAAAUGCUGAAGACAGUACUAAGAAACCCAAUGCAGAAACUAUAGUGGCUCCUGGAUACAAAGCUGAUGAAAUCAAGGAAACAAAUGAUACAUGGAAUUCCCAACUUGGAAGAAGGUUAGAAUCUCCAUCAGAAAUAUCUCUGAUUAAGGGAUCUGUAAGAACUGGUUUGUAUGAGUGGGAUAAUGAUUUCGAAGAUGUCAGAUCAGAAGAUUGUAUCUUAAAUUUGGAUAGUGAUCCUCUUUUGGAAAUGAAGGAUGAGGAUUUAAAAAGUCGGUUGGAAAACCCAAACGAAGCCAUUGAGGAAGAAGACAUCAUGCAAAGUGUUCUUAGGCCAAGCAAUUGUAGGACGUACUGUAGGGUCAAUAAAGCAAAAUCUUCACAAGGAACAUCCAAUUUUGAUAAGCUAUUAGAUGGCACCAGUCAGGCCUUAGCCAAAGCAAACAGUGAGUCAAGUAAAGAUGGCCUGAAUCAGGCAAAGAAAGGCAGUGUAAGUUGUGGGACCAGUUUUAGAGGGACAGUUGGACGGACUAGAGAUUACACUGUUUUACAUCCAUCUUGCUUGUCAGUUUGUAAUGUUACCAUUCAGGAUACUAUGGAACGCAGCAUGGAUGAGUUCACUGCAUCAACUCCUGCCGAUUUGGGGGAAGCUGGCCGCCUAAGAAAAAAGGCAGAUAUUGCAACUUCUAAAACCACUACUAGAUUUCGACCUAGUAAUACUAAAUCCAAAAAGGAUGUUAAACUUGAAUUUUUUGGUUUUGAAGCUCAUGAGACAGGAGGUGAUGAAGGGGGUUCAGGGAGUUCUAAUUACAAAAUUAAGUAUUUUGGCUUUGAUGAUCUCAGUGAAAGUGAAGAUGAUGAAGAUGAUGACUGUCAAGUGGAAAGAAAGACAAGCAAAAAAAGAAAAACAGCUCCAUCCUCCUUGCAUCCUGUUCCAGAAAGCAAUAAUAAUUCCCGGGACAGUCAGUCUAAUACAAAUAACGCAGAAAACUUGGAUUUUACAGAAGACUUGCCUGGUGUUCCUGAAAGUGUGAAGAAGCCCCCAAGUAAACAAGGAGAUAAAUCAAAGGAAAAUACCAGAAAGAUUUUUAGUGGCCCCAAACGGUCUCCUACAAAAGCUGUGUAUAAUGCCAGACAUUGGAACCAUCCAGACUCAGAAGAACUACCUGGGCCACCAGUAGUAAAACCUCAGAGUAUUGCAGUGAGGCUGUCUUCAAAGGAACCAAAUCAAAAAGAUGAUGGAGUUUUUAAGGCUCCUGCACCACCACCCAAAGUGAUAAAAACUGUGACAAUACCUACUCAGCCCUACCAAGACAUAGUUACCGCACUAAAAUGCAGAAAAGAAGACAAAGAAUUAUAUACAGUUGUUCAGCAUGUGAAGCACUUCAAUGAUGUGGUGGAAUUUGGUGAAAAUCAAGAGUUCACUGAUGACAUAGAGUAUUUGUUAAGUGGCUUAAAGAGCACUCAGCCUCUAAACACACGUUGCCUUAGUGUUAUUAGCUUGGCUACUAAAUGUGCCAUGCCCAGUUUUCGGAUGCACCUGAGAGCACAUGGAAUGGUAGCAAUGGUCUUUAAAACCUUGGAUGAUUCCCAGCACCAUCAGAAUCUGUCCCUUUGUACAGCUGCCCUCAUGUACAUAUUGAGUAGAGAUCGUUUGAACAUGGAUCUUGAUAGAGCUAGUCUAGACCUAAUGAUUCGACUUUUAGAACUGGAACAAGAUGCUUCUUCAGCUAAGCUACUGAAUGAAAAAGACAUGAACAAAAUCAAGGAAAAAAUCCGCAGGCUCUGUGAAACUGUACACAACAAGCAUCUUGAUCUAGAAAAUAUAACGACUGGGCAUUUAGCUAUGGAGACGCUUCUAUCCCUUACUUCCAAACGCGCAGGAGACUGGUUUAAAGAAGAACUCCGGCUUUUGGGUGGUCUGGAUCAUAUUGUAGAUAAAGUGAAAGAAUGUGUGGAUCAUCUCAGUAGAGAUGAGGAUGAAGAGAAACUAGUAGCCUCAUUAUGGGGAGCAGAGAGAUGUUUACGAGUUCUAGAAAGUGUAACAGUGCAUAAUCCAGACAAUCAAGGCUACUUGAUAGCAUAUAAAGAUUCACAACUCAUUGUUUCAUCAGCUAAAGCAUUGCAACAUUGUGAAGAAUUGAUUCAGCAGUAUAACCGUGCUGAGAACAGUAUAUGCUUGCCUGAUAGCAAGCCUCUGCCUCAGCAGAAUGUCACUAACCACGUGGGCAAAGCAGUGGAAGACUGCAUGCGGGCCAUUAUCGGGGUGCUGCUCAAUUUAACGAACGACAACGAGUGGGGCAGCACCAAAACAGGAGAACAGGAUGGCUUGAUCGGCACAGCGAUGAACUGUGUGCUUCAGGUUCCAAAGUACCUACCUCAGGAGCAGAGAUUUGAUAUUCGAGUGCUAGGCCUAGGUCUACUGAUAAAUUUAGUAGAAUAUAGUGCUCGGAAUCGGCACUGUCUUGUCAACAUGGAAACGUCGUGCUCUUUCGAUUCUUCCUUCUGCAGUGGAGAAGGAGAUGAUAGUUUAAGGAUAGCUGGACAAGUUCAUGCUGUUCAGGCUUUAGUGCAGCUAUUUCUUGAGCGAGAGCGAGCAGCCCAGUUGGCAGAAAGUAAAACAGAUGAAUUGAUCAAAGAUACUCCCACCACUCAGCAUGAUAAGAGUGGAGAGUGGCAAGAAACAAGUGGAGAAAUACAGUGGGUAUCAACGGAAAAGACUGAUGGUGCAGAAGAGAGACAAAAGAAGGAGGAGGAAGAGGAGGAACUUGACCUCAAUAAAGCCCUUCAGCACGCUGGCAAGCAUAUGGAGGACUGCAUUGUGGCCUCGUACACAGCGCUGCUUCUUGGUUGUCUCUGCCAGGAGAGUCCCAUCAAUGUGACCACUGUGCGGGAGUAUCUGCCUGAAGGGGACUUUUCAAUAAUGACAGAGAUGCUCAAAAAAUUCCUGAGCUUUAUGAAUCUUACUUGUGCUGUUGGAACCACAGGCCAGAAGUCUAUCUCGAGAGUGAUUGAGUACUUGGAACAUUGCUAG